AUGACCGGAAAUCCGUCCGUCAAUGUGUACAUCAUUUACUACGGAAGCUGGCCGGCAGGAUCCGGGCAGAAUGUGAUUGAGAAUUUCAUCCGGUCGCUGAGCGCGGACUCGAGCCGGCAGGGGAAUCCUGCGGAUCCCAAGGUGAAGCGCUGGUGGGCGAUCAGCGCGGCGUACACGCAGGAAGGGGGAAACGGCGCAAAGCAGAACGUCAGCCGGAAGGUGCGCCUCGUCAAGACCGUCUACGAUAACUACUCGGCGGGAAAGCGGUUUGGCGAGAACACAGUCUGGCAAGUUGUUUCGAGCAAGAUUGGCAAUGGGAAGGCAUUUGCGUACGACCCCCAUGGCAUCUACCUGCUUCUUACCAGCAAGGAUGUCACCGUCCCAGGUUACUGCAGCGAGUAUUGCGGAUGGCACACCAUGGACUACAUGGGGGCAAACCCGGUUAUUUACUCGUUCGUGGGGCAUCACGGGCAGUGCGCCGACGGUUGCGGUGGGCAGCCCACGUCGCCCAACGGGAACCCAGCGAUCGAUGCGACGGUUUCCACCAUCGCUCACGAAAUCGCGGAAGCAGCAACCGACCCGGAUGCUACGAGCGGGUGGAUGGACGCCAACAAUGACGAAAAUGCGGACAAGUGCUCGUACGAUGUUGGUACGACGGCCAUGAGUCAGGACAACCGUGGCAGAAAGUACGAGUACAAUCUGGUUGGAAUGAACAACAUGAAGUUUCUGGUGCAGCAGAAUUGGGAUAAGCUGAAGAACAGGUGUGUGACGCAGAGGAGGUACCACUAG